AGUAAAGCAAAUCCCUAACAAACCUAACCUCUAAUGGCUGUGACGACAAGAACUGGGAAUUUCCUUAUCCCACGAUAUAUUUAUCUGUAAACGUCUCCAGGUCUUGUGUGAUUAGCUGCUUCUACGCUUAAAUGCUAGCUUAACAUUCAAGCUAGUUUCUAGUUCGUAGAGUCAUCAUGCUAGCUAAAGUCAGAGAUUCAGGGAUUAGCUGCAGAGUAGCUGGUGUUAGUUAGCUUUCAUUCAUAUUCUCCAUAAAGCUAACUAGCUAGAUGAUUUCUUGGCGGUUUUCACUGUCAGUAAUCAAACCGAAUAGGAUUUAAGGAUGCAGGCUUCUUUCCUGGUUAAGAUUCUUUCUUGCACUUUUAUUAAGGAGCUAAAUUUAAAAGUUUGUGCUUUUGUAUUUUUGAAGUGUUUUUUUGUUGUUGUUGUUGUUGUUUUUGUUUUUUUUUUUUAAACCUAGCUAUUAGGUUAGCAGCUCAGCAUGUUUUCUGAAUGCUAGGAACUAGGAUGGUUUUGGUAUUGAGAAUGUUUCUGGUUUGUUUAGUGUUGUGUUUUUGUUUGUUUUAUUUUAAUUAUUUUUUUACCCUAAUGUUAAAAAUGCUAAACGUUGCAUUUCUUUAAUGGUAGACUUUGUCUAACUGGGAACAUUGUGUUAGCAUCACAUCACUAGGAACAUCAGAGCAGGAGAUGUUACAGUUGCAGGAACGUUAUAGCCUAACUUCGUUCUGAUUACGUUCUCUUAACGUUCUUUACUGGGAGAGAAUUUUUUUUAGAUGAUUGUUUGCAUAUUUACUUGAGUGAGGAAUCUGCGUACCUCUGCGUAAUCUACAUUAACCGCAUUUCAUAAUCGCAUUUCGUCUGUAGUGUCUUUAAUUAGGUAGUAUCACUGUCCAAAUUUGCUCCUAUAUAGAUUAGAUUUGGAUUCAUUCUUGCGUCUCUUUGUUCUGUUUGUGCCUUCAUCCUUGACCUGCUCAUGUUUCGCCCUGCGGAGGCUCCUUGCGCUUCAGCCGGAUUCAAAUCUAGACCUAUCUUAUUUCAGCUUUUAAAAAGCCCUUAUUGUCCUCUACGAUGAUAUUCAUCACUUCAGCCGAACAGAACGGCUCUUGUGGAAGGCCCUGCUUAAGGAUUACCGCGUGCUUCGCUUAUUAAAACACCUGAUGAUGAGGAGUCGGGCUGGGCUGUACCUGUGGCUCUGUGGGUCCUGGGGAGGGACAGAUUAAAGCAGCAUCAGUUGGAUAGAGACUUUCUGAGAUGUACAGAGAGAGGAAGGAACCAGAACUGACGAUGGUGCUCCUAACCACUAAGAUCGUACAGAGAGCGUCACUCUUUGUGGCUUUCGGUGGCCUUGUCACGACGUUCAUCACUACAUUUUUACCGCUGUGGAAGACGAUGAACUCGGAGCUGAACGAGAUGGAGAACUGGUACGAGGGUCUGUGGCAUAUGUGCAUCUUCACGGAGGAAGUGGGUCUCCACUGCAAAGCCUUCGAGUCUCUCCUCGCUCUGCCUCCAGUCACGCUUGCCUCCAGGAUUCUCAUGUGUGUAUCCAUCGCGACUGGGUUCCUCGGUGUGUUGGCGGCGUUUUUCGGACUCGACGGCGUUGAGAUCGGGGCCGGCCGUGACAGGUUAAAGAGGGGACUCCUCAUCCUCGGUGGUGUGCUGAUCUGGGUGUCGGGACUCACGACUCUGGCGCCGGUUUCGCUGAUCGCGUACGUGAUGGUGGUGGAGUUCUGGGAUGGGGGUCUUCCUGACGUGAUGCCGCGCUGGGAGUACGGCGAGGCCAUGUUCUCCGCCUGGUUCUCGGGACUUCUGCUGGUCAUCGGGGGAUCGUUUAUUUUCGUCGCAGUGUGCAUGAGGGACCACGAAGAGAAGCAGCAAAGGGAAAUCUUCUCACCUACUCAUGAACUUCAACCAAGGACUCAGCAUUACCUAAAGACAGAGGUCUUAUAGAUUUAUUUUUACAUUUUCCACCACACAGUAUGGUAGAAUGAUGAAUUAAUUAUUGAAUGAUUAAAAAAACCACACACACACACACAUUACCUGGUUUGUUAGUAUGUAUGUUUUUAGUAUUUUUGUGAUGGUGCUCAUUAAAUCUGAGAAAACAAUCACUGUUUGCAGAGGUUGGUUCAUUUGGAAGACACUUCAGUUUGACAGUGUUAUCUGUAUAUUUACUCAUUUACUUAUUAAACCAUAUGAGCUUCUCUCAAGACUCUAUUUUCUUUUCCUUCACUCAGAAACAUAUUCAUCAACUUGACAAGUUCAGUGAGAGCCAACAUGGUCUCAGAGUUCUGCUCGCACAACUUGCACCUGUGUAAGAUGAAAGUUAGGGUUAG